AUGGACUUAACAAAAUUGAAGCAUUUGAGAUUCUUUGGGCUCCAUUUGGGUUCUCUUCUCUCCAAAAGCUUGUUCUUAAUUGUAACUGCAUUAAUCAUCCGAACCCUUUUCCUUCCGGAAUCCUUUAAAUUUAGAACUCGUAACCUCCAUAAAUUCGAUUUAUUAGAAUCAAAAUCCGGAAACCCCAGAACGAGAUUCUUAGAGGUACCCCAGAUUGUAUGGGGAUUAAACAACCAAAAGAUCGCCUUCGCAAGAGCUUGCUUAACAGCAAGAUUACUAAACAGAACCCUUCUCAUGCCUAGCUUAAGCGCAUCUUUAUUCUACAAAGAAAUCGAUCAAUUACAACCGAUUUCAUUUGAUAAAGUGUUUCAGUUCGAUAAAUUCAAUUCACUCUGUAAAGGGUUUGUCCAAUUGGGUCGAUAUUCUGAUCUCCAUAACCACAGCGACAUUGUUACUGUUCAAAAGGGAAGUGGCAGACGAUGGACGCCUGAAAGAGAUCUCGAUCAAUUACACAACUUGAAGCAUGACGAAUCCGAGACGAUUCGUAUAGCUGGAAAAAACCCGUUUCUAUGGCAUGAUCAUUGGCCUGUGAAAGAUUAUGCGCAGGUGUUUGAAUGCUUAGUUUUAGUAGAAGAAUUCUCAAACGAAGCUGAUAAAGUCGUAGCCAAGAUAAGAGAAUUCGGCUCCAAAUCAAAAUCAGACAUCGAUUCUCCAUAUGUAGCAGUUCAUAUGAGGAUUGAAAAAGAUUGGAUGAUACACUGCAAAAAACUACAACAAAGAUCAAAUGUAUCAGAAAUUUGUAGUAGCAAAAACGAGAUCACAACUCGGGUAUCCAACAUCCCGGGUCUAAAAACACCAACGGUUCUUUACCUUGCUGUAGCUGAUGCACUUCUUGAAGACGGGUCGAUUUUGAACGGGUGGGGCCCCGGGUUGCACCCGGUUGAGAAGAAGAAACUGGGUGUUGUAGAGAUUUACAAGAAUCAUCCGUAUUUGAUUCAAUCUGCGAUUGAUUAUGAAGUUUGUUUGAGGGCAGAUGUGUUUGUGGGGAACAGUUAUUCGACAUUUUCGAGUUUGGUUGUUCUUGAAAGGAGUCAGAAGAUGGUGAAAAUGGGGGUUAAAAGAGGAUGUGAGAUUGGGAUGAAUGUUAAAUGGCCAUCUUUUGCUUAUAAUUUGAAAGGGGAGUUUGGAGGUCCGAGGCCAUGGAUGACUGAUUUUUUGGAUUCAAGUUUACAGGCAAUUAGUUAUGGGUCCAAUAAUAUUUCAUGUUGA